CAACGUAAACAGUACGACUUCAGUUCUCGGGGUAGCGCGUCGGCGGUAGGUCAGUGCUACCAAAUCGCGCCACGCCACGCGUCUUUUGUGCCGCUUGUGAAGUUUAUAUCAAGAGGCAAAGUGUGAUGGUACAGGGUCCAGUUGAGAUGGAAAAAUUAGCAGAACUAGGUCCAGUUAUAGUUGAAGGCCCAACAGAAAGGCAAACUAGGGACUAGGGCAGUUUGCUGAAAUGUAAGUGUAUUUAGGGUU